AGUAACAUUACACCUCUCAGCUGUCAUCUUGUCAUGUGGCAAGAGGUGCCCUUGAAUACCCCUGAGUAGCCUCCAGUGUCUGUUAGAACUGGGCGGAGGAUUCAAACCUGGCGCCACCUUACCGUUUGUUGUCAGACCGGUUUUACUGGUGCGUGAUGACAUCACAGGACACUGUCUUGUCCUCCAUGUUUUUUCCAAGGUUUUAGAACUUUGUUGCGACAAUUUCGCUUCUCACAGACGACCUUUCAUCUCUUGAAGGCGUAUGCUGACUGGUGAUAGCUAGAGCCUGUCCAUCAUGUCCCUAAACGGAGGCUGGUCCCAGCCUAACCAGGCUCUCAGCCCGGAGAGUUUCAACCCCAUGAUGCUUCAGAAAGAACUCAUGCAUGCCUGGGAGGAGGAGAAGCCCCAGCCGGGAAUGUCUGUUGCGGAGCUGCGCCGCCGGUUCGAGCUGGGAAACGACAAUCAAAACGCCACCGCGAGAACCCCGACACGUGCUCAAGAAGAGCCGCAGAGCCGACGGCAGGAAUAUGCACAGAGGAGACCAGUCCCUGCUCCCCGCGAAUACGCGACUCCAGAAAGAGAGGAGUAUAGACAACAAGAGUAUGCCCAACCGAAACGGUACAACUAUACGCAAGAACAACAAUACAGCCAGGCACCUCGGUACCCGCAGAGGGAGUAUACACAACCAGAACGAGACACGUACCACCAGAAGGAAAAUAUCAUGCCCAGGCCGAUAGCCAGACCUGCUUCUGCCAGUCCCAAACAAGUCGACUCACCACAGAGCCAAAUUAUCGUCCCUUCUCCUAAGUCUGUGUCGGCCAGGAAGAAGGCAAUAAACCAGCAGAAGGAGAAAGUACCGAGGAAACAAGUCCGUAGUAUCUACAACACCAUACAGCAGGAUUUGUAUCAGCAGCAGGAGUAUGAACAGCAGCGUGGGCCAGCUUCGUCUGUACCUGCGAGGCAACAUGCACCCGAACCAACCCUCUCCAGUACACAGCGUCAUUCAAGCUGGUCUGGUCUUCUGGAUGACGAUCAAGAAUCUUACAAUAGACAAUCAGAUAAUAAGGUCCCCCCUCCCCCGCCCCGAAGGAAGACACCCGUGGGUUACGCGUACCAGCGACCGUACAGCUACCAUUCAUCGGCUCACAACGAAGAUCCUAGCCUUGGUUUCAUGAAGCAGCCAGAAGAGUACCGAGUGGAGAAGAAGAUGAGGCAGGAACAGCCGACUGAGAGGGAUGAGGUAGAGGAGGUGACCCAAGAUGCGUAUGCCGAUCAAAUCCGAAAGAUGAUGAAGCGAACCCCUGCGCAGUAUUCGCCGAUUCGUCCAGUGAAACCCUCAACAGAAAAGCGAUUAGUGGGUCCGUCAGAUGAGGAUAUCUUCAGAUACGCUAAGUCACAAGAGCCGCUGCAUGUUCGACGUAGCCCGCAGGCAAAGCUGCAAUCAGAGGGGCACUACGAUCCCAAAUACAAGAAAGGGCAGUGGGGAGAGAGGCCUGACACCAAAGCUUCCUAUGAGAGGCCUCAAAGUGCAACCCGAGAAAGUCCGCAGCCUGUUCAAAACAGGUACGGCUCCCCAGCUGACACCGGACAGAGAUAUGGUGACGACAGGGCUCGUCAGUCUCCCAUAACUCGCAGCACGUCAUGGAACCAACAACAGGUCCCAGAAAGAGAACAACAAGACAGGAGUGCAGUCAACAUGAAAAAGAGCAUCACGAUCAACUCCUUGCAGCCCAGGGGCAGUUUUAGUGAGUCUGAACCAGGAGAAAGCAUAGGCUCUCUGGAUGACAAAGUCAACUCCUAUCUAGAAAUGAAGGGGUUCAAGCCUAAGCCACAGGCUGAAACGAGUGAACCGGUACAGCGUAGGCCUCAGCGAAACCGUGCAAAGUUUACCAACCGAGAGUCUUACGUGUACCGGGACUCGACACCAAGUCCGCAGCACUCUACACAAUCGUACGAGCCAGCACAACGAUCGUCACCACGGCCAGCCUCCAUCGAUUUCCCUCCUCCUCCUCCCGAAAUGCUCGACUUCCCGCCACCCCCUCCACUAGAGUACACCACUGCAGAAAUCGUGCACUCUACCCACCCGACAUCUGUUGUCUCUUCAACUGCUUACGACAGAGACGAUCCCCCUGGAAAGCUCAACUCAAACACCACGCAAACCGAGGAACGGUACGAGGAACCGCGACGGGACCGUGACUUCAACAGGAUCAACCUCCAACUUCGCCAACAGACUGAAGAGCGGGUCAACUCUUAUCCUUCUAGUGACGCUGAGGAUGAAGAAUCUUCAAGCAACUACUCUUACGAACAAAGCUCUCCUGAAAGACGACACCUGCAGAAGAAGUAUGCUGGUAUUCCACGUAGCCCCGUCAUCGACUUCAAGGAUUUCCUAGAAAAUGGGGAGGAGCAAAACAGCAAAGCAGACGAUAUCAAGUUUCAGAGAUAUCCAGUGCGAGAGGAUGAGCCUAAAGCUAUGUCCAGAGAAGACAGCUUUGUGAGCAGCACCAGUGGAAGUGCAAUCGGUUUCCCUCUUCAUCGUACAGAGGAAGUCUGGUCAAUCUCUCCACCUGAGGACCCAACAUCGUCGGAGUAUCAAAUCUUUGAAGCUCCUACUGAACCUGACCCCAAGCAGUCACCUGAGCUCAGGGCUCCGUCAGAGAGGAAAAUGGAGAGGAAACAGGUCCAGAAACGUCCCAGUAUGAAGGACUUACAGGGCAGGACACAGAACGUGAUUAACCGUCACUCGAGAGAGAACCUCAGCUAUGUGGAUGGGAGGAGAGAUGUUGAUGUCAGCGGUUCGUCCCCGACGCUUACACCAUCCGAGUCUGGAACAGAAACGGAAGAUUCUCCUCGCGAGUGGAGGAGGCAGCUGCAGCAGCAAGAUUUAGCCGAACGGGAGCAAAAGUACUGGCGACAAGAGGAGGAAAGGUUGAGAAGGGAUGAAGAUGAGAGGGCAGCUAAGGUCGCAGCUGUGAAGGAACGGCGGGACUCGGAUAAACGGGCCUGGCUGGGGGAGCAGGAAAGGAUGGAGAGGAUGCAGCGAGAAUACGAGGAAAGGCAGAGACUAGAAGAGGACAGGCGGAGGUUGUUAGAUCUCAAGAAACGAGAAGAUCAGAGAAAGGCAGAGGAAGAAGCCAGACAGGCUGAGGAGCAGGCCAGACGAGAGGUAGAAGAGAAAUUAUGCAGACAGGCAGAGGAAAGAGAGAGACAGGAGGCCGAGAUGAAAGCUCAACAAGAAGCUGAAGAACGGGCGAAAUGGGAAGCACAAGAAAGGGCCCGCAGGGAAGCAGAGAUCAAAGCAAGGAUGGAAGCAGAGGAGAGAGCUAAACAAGAAAUGGAAGAAGCAAGAAGAGAAGCGGAAGAAAGAGCUCGUAGGGAGGCAGAAUUAAGAGCUAGGAGAGAAGCCGAGGAGAGAGCUCAAAGAGAGGCAGAAGAACGGGCAAGGAGGGAAGCCGAGGAGAGAGCCAGGAGGGAAGCUAGAGAAAGAGCCAUCAGAGAGGCUGAGGAGGAAGCUCGAAGGGAAGCCGAGAUACGAGCAAGGAUAGAAGCAGAGGAAAGAGCUCACAUGGAAGCAAAGGAAAGAGCUCGUAGGGAGGCAGAGGAAAGAGCUCGUAGGGAGGCAGAAGAAAGAGCUCAAAGAGAAGCUGAAGAAAGAGCUAGAAGGGAAGCUGAACAAAGAGCUCAAAAGGAAGCAGAGGAAAGAGCUCGAUGGGAAGCAGAAGAAAGAGCUCGAUGGGAAGCGGAAGAAAGAGCUCGUAGGGAAGCAGAAGAAAGAGCUCAUUGGGAAGCGCAAGAAAGAGCUCGUAGGGAAGCUGAAGAACGAGCUCGUAGGGAAGCGGAAGAAAGAGCUCGUCAAGAAGCUGAAGAAAGAUCUCGUCGACAAGCCGAAGCCAGAAGGGAGGCACAAGAGCAAGCAUUCAGAGAAGCUCAGGAAAAGAAGAGAGAAGAAGAACAAAAAGCUAGAAAAGAAGCUGAGGCAGCUGAGAUAAGGGCACGACUGGAACACGAGGACCGGAUUCGCAGGGAGGUGGCCGCACAAGCACAACAGGAACUCGAAAUGGCACAAAAAGCUGCAGACGAACAGAUGAGGAAGGAAGAGGAACUAAAAGUAAAGCUGGAGGCUGACAAACAAGCAGAAAUGGAGGCCAAGAAAAUGUGGGAAGCUGCUGAACAAUCGGUCAAGGAAGCUGAGGAAAGAGCACGACGUGCAUCGUUAAACCGUCAGAAAAAGGAGCAGGAGGCAGAACAGAAGAUUUCUCCACAGAAGAUUUCUCCACCGAGAGAGAGGGCAAGAAGCGACACUGAAGAAGUUUCUGCAAGAAAGCCUCCCAUUCCAGCUCCCCGUAGGAGAAACCAGUCCGAAGCACCAGAUGAGCAAACCACGUCACUGAAGAGGGGAGCCAAGGACAGAAUGAGCCUGCGAGAGCUGAAGGAGUUCACCAGAGGUACUAUCCUAAGGUUGUCUAGCAGAAGUCUGGCCAGCUACGCAUCAGAACCACCACCGGAUCUCAGGUCUGACGUCGACUUAAGAUCACCUGACAGUGGCGGGGGAGGGAGGCUGCGCAAGAAGGUUCCUAGUCUGAGGGACCUGAAGACUCAGACCAGAGACCAGAUCAUCAGACAUUCCAGAGACAGCCUCUCCUACCGAAGGUCUCACAGUUCUCUAUCCAGUCCGGGGCCUUUCUCUGGAGAUGAUGAUGAUGACGAUUAUUACGUACCAUUCAACGAUUAUGACAGUGAUGAAGACAACUCUCUGCGACAGAAAGUCCCCCCUUGCAUGCGUCCUCAUCGCAGGAAGGGACCAGGCAGCAAAUCUGCUGAUCCUUUACAGCGAAGAUCCUUCCACGAGAUGCCGCAAGACGGACUAUCCAGCGACAUGCCGCCUGUUCGAGUCACCAUUCCUAUGAGGGGAGCCAAAUCUACAGAAGCCAUUGUGCAACAGAAGAAGAAGCAGAACAUGACUGUUGAAGUUACGUUGGUGCCUCGGGCGUCCAUCGAAAACCUGGAUAAGUUCAAACCAGAGGUCAAAGUCACCAAUAAUGCCAUGGAGUACAAAAAGCUGACAGGAAGUAUGCCAGAGCUAAGCGACGACGGCAGUGAGAAGAAAGCGCCGUCAGGGCUGAGAGGGUCGCGUAGUAAGUCAGAUUACGGCAUAGGAAAAGGCAGAGGAUCCAAGAUGACAUCAGGGGACACUGGCUACAGUUCCGUCACCUCGGACGACAGCCCGGAUAACGUCCCCAGCCGGCCCCGUACUCGCUCAUGGAAAGGAUCGGUGUCUCUCGACACGGAAGGAAUGGACGACUUGCUUGCAGAAGAAAAGGAGGCCGACAAGAAGGAAGCUAAGAGCCCCAAGAGCCCUAAGAGUCCAAAGUCCAAAACCAAAAAGAAAAGCGGGACCUUCCCUCGGUUUAAGCAAGAUCAGAAGCAAGAAAGGCCUCGGUCUCGUGUCGAAAUUCUCCUACAUGGAAUAGGCAACCAAGAUCCCAAAGCCCCAUAUUAUGAAACUGAGGUGUAACAGAUAUUUUGAAUCAUCUAUAUAUUGUCUUCAUGUUGUACAGUGUUUGACCAUUGCUGGUCACAUGAAUCAGCAUGAAAAAAUAGUAUGGACUACUAUGUACUCCAAAUUUGAGGUUCAGGCUAUUAUAAAGCAAGAGUGUUGGAACUGGACUGUGUUUGUACAAACGUCUGCGAGGUGAAAAGAAGAGAAGAUCUACACAAUUUCUACACCAGGACUGAAAGGAACUUUGUGCUUGGUGCACUUCAAGUUUAAGUUCAACUACAAAUCGGCAACAUUACCAAACAACACUCAACAAAGUUCAAAGGAACUGCACUGGGAAACAUGUUAAUGUGUAAGAAGACAGCAAUCAUGUUUUAUGUAAAUAUGCAACUAUUGUUCCUUUCAAUUGUGUAUUGAUGGACAAAACGUUGUUAAUGUGUAUAUUAAGAGAUGUCACAGUCACCAUGGAUAUGUCUGUUAGUUGUCAAGUUUGUACAAACCUAUCUUAGUUAGAGAGGUUUCAAAGUAUUACGUGUCUAAGUAGCAAAACAUACAUGUGCUACCAGUAAACAGUACAUAGUGGUGUAGUUCCAUCAAGUCUUUGAUGAAUGUAGUUUUUCCCUCCCAUAUCAAAAUCCAAAAGUACCAAGCUCUGGACUCUGAUGUGCUACUAUUUAUUUUUGGCCAACAUAAAAAUGUAGCCUUUUCAAAAGGUCCAUUAGAAAGGCUUACUGUUCAGAC